ACUGUCUCUGUGGUGAGCAGCUGAGCUUUCUAGCGCACACGAUGCUUGGAGCCAAUCCCGCGAAGUGGAAAACCGGCAAGGCGUACGGAAAACGGCCAGAUGCCAUAGCCAGCGAAGACUCUCAGCCUAAUGAGCGCUUGUCAUCACGGAGGAAUGGACUCCCUCCGCCCGUAUUCCAGACAGGCAGAGCACCCAAGGCUGGUGAUCACGUGUUGCCACCUUCAUCCAUGCGCCCAGCAAAUGCGCUCCUUGCGCAUAGCUCUCGCGAGAGUCCAGCGGGAGGGCUUUCUGUAGGAUCGCAUCAGCGACUCUCGAUGAAAGCUAACAGCUCGCACUCGCAGCAGCCGAGGGCUCGCCCUCUUCCGGUACAUGUGGCGACUUCGGCCACCUCCAACGGGAAGUCAGGUCAUGACAGCCAUGACCUUUCCUUCGACAGCAGAAAGCCCACAAAUCUUCGCCAGCGCUCACCCUCCGAGGAGUCGGACGAGAUUCAAAUCAUCGAGCCGCCUCCUAAACGUGUGAAGGUGGCCGAACCGGCUGUGGCUACGAAUCCCAUUCCACCCCUAGCCGGCCCUUCCCGCGACGUUCAGCACACCGCGAGAAUCGAUGACCCGGGGAGCGUGAAGGUCAUAAAGCAGGAAUCUAUCAGCGCACCCCUCGACACGCGUACCAUAAUGGCGAUAAAGGAGGAGCAGCGCAGCCCUUCACCCCUGGAGCCUCAGCCGCGCGCCGCAACGUCGGGGACUAUUCGUUUCCACCCUCUUCCUCCUAGCUGUACCCAUGCGGACACUAAUUACAAGCGCAACCGUUCCUAUUGGGCUCGCGAUCAGUGGAACACCGUCCUUAAGCGGAAUCCGGGCUUGCAAAAGAGGCAUGCGAUGAUUCGAGACGAUGGGUUAGCCAUCGACUGGACGAGUCCUGUACCCGUUUGGACAGAUACGCUAGAACCUGUCACUCUCGACCCGCGCGAACACUCGGAUGAUGAGGAGGAUGCUGAAGACUCCCAGCAAGAAGACGAUGACGUCCCAAUCCUGCCGCCUCCGUCGAAGCCGGCAAAACCGCCGACUCCCGAAAUCAUUGACGUCGAUGCACUCCCUUCGGACGUCGACGACAACGACGGAGGAGAGAAUGACGAGGAGGAGGAUGAAUCGGCUUACAACUAUGAAGAGGGAGGGGCAUACGGCAUCGAGGAUGAUGUCGAGUAUCGGGACGAAGCACAGGGCGACUCAGAGAGCGACGACCAGGAGGACGCCAUCACGGAGCUCGAAGAAGAAUGCGACGUUGAAGGCUUUCGCGAACCGCCGUCUUCUCCAAUCAAUGACCUACCCACGGAAGAAGAUGCCUUCGCCAGCAUGCUUGCGUCUACUAGCCGCACGCAGGAGGAGCCUACUGCGAACCACGCUGCCGACUCUCUGGCGAAAUUGCGUGCCCAACGGAGACGCGAGAUGCAGCAGCUCACAGAGGGCUUUAUAUCACGGUAUAUUCAAACAUUCGAACGAGACCGCGAGCUUUUGGCCGGAGCCUACGCCUCUUACGCGCAGUUCUCCGUCCGAACUCACGCCCGGGAUGCAUCUGGCGCAGCCCUCGUUGAGCAAUUCAGUCGCUCGAGUCCCGCGAAGCCUGGGUCUGUACUCACAGCAAUGGAUAUCCCACGAGUCAUCGGACGUGCUGAGGUCAUGGACGCUAUCCGGGAGCUAGGUCCACACACCUACUUCCCUCGCGGGAAGAAGUUCGACCUCGACUGCGACCACGUCUUCCUUGCGAAUGUGGACGGCUCGGGCGAUGUCCUUUUGUCGUUCUACGGCGAGGUUGUCUUGCUCAACGAAAAGGGCAUCCCGACCGAGGACCGUCUUUCCAUCGACCAGACGAUGCUGCUGCGCGAGGUCAGCGGGGAACAGGACGACGACGAAUCCUGGCCGAUGGUGAUCGUCUCACACCAGAUGAUCGUGAAAGACGUCCCGUGGCGGAGGGACCUGGACGACUGGUGAUGUCUUUCAUUUAUAACGCGCUUUUUGGGUUUCUUGUAUGCGCUCGUUCUUGCAAUUGUCUAUACCCUCGCCCCGAAUCUGGAUCCCCCUUGCGCUUGAAUCAUAGCACGAAGGACACCCGAUUUACCCGAUAGCUUGGCCUCACCCACCAUGGUCCUAUAGUCGAGCACUUUCCAGCGUCCGACAACUGAAUAGGACCACCGCGGCCGCAUCCCAAGCCUCGGAUAUUGGAUCCUUGCCUUCGACCCAGCCUUCUCCGACUCCGUGGC